GGUCGCUUGACAGCGCGUGUCACAGCUGGGUGUCUGGCUCGCUACAAGUUGGGCAACAGCGGUACGUCGGGAGCGAGCAAGUUGCUGCAUGGAUUUCCCGGAGCUGCACAUAACUUAAGAUCCAGAAUGCUCAGAAGAGGAUGAAUUCUCCAGGUCAUCUGAGACAUCCACGCGUCUUUGCCGCUGUCCCUCCCUGACAGCCCUACUGUCCCACUGGGGCACCAUCUGCCUCCCCACGCUCCACCCCUUGCCCCUGCCCGGGUCCCUACCCCCUCCUCUGCCCCCCAGUAGUGGCCAUCCCAGAGGGUAGGAAAGGCGAGCCAGCCCCUGUAAAUAUGCAUGGAUGGAGGUCUCAGUGGCAUCUUGUCCUGCUGAACUCCCUGACCUGUGGCCUGGAGAUCUGUGUGGCAGCUGGGAUCACAUACGUGCCCCCACUGCUGCUGGAGGCUGGAGUGGAGGAGCGCUACAUGACCAUGGUGCUAGGUAUUGGUCCAGUGUUUGGCCUCCUGUUCAUCCCUGUGAUUGGCUCAGCAAGUGACCACUGCAACAGCAGUUAUGGAAGACGACGGCCUUUCAUCUGGAUGCUGUCUUUGGGAGUCCUUCUGGCACUUGUCAUCAUUCCGCACGCUGAUGUACUGGCGGCACGCCUUGCAUGGGGUGGGCGCACCCUCCAGGUGGGCUUCCUUAUCCUUGGGGUGGGACUCCUUGACUUUUGUGGACAAGUUUGCUUCACACUGCUAGAGGCUCUUUUGUCGGACUUGUAUCGGGAUGAGGAGGACUGCGGACAAGCCUUUGCCAUGUUCUCCUUCAUGGUCAGCUUGGGAGGCUGUGUGGGUUAUUUGCUACCCGCUCUGGACUGGAGUCGUGGCCUGCUCUCCGUUUACCUGGGAGGCCAGGCCGAGUGCCUCUUCUCACUUCUCAUCCUCAUCUUCAUUUCCAGUGUACUUAUCACCAUGAAGGUGUCUGAGGAACCCUUGUGUGUCAGUACUGGCUUGGCAGGAUCUGGAUCGUUACUAGAGUCAGGAGCUGGCACGAUGGAGGCUGGCCGGUGCGGCGUGCCGCGCUCAUGUUGCUACCUGCUGAAGUGCAAGCUGAGGCUGCUGAAGUCUGGACCCCUGCUGUGCCUGCUGAGGACAUGCUGGUCCAUGACCCCGACCAUCUACAGGAGCUACUGCCAUGUCCCGCGGGUGAUGAGGCAGCUGUGUGUGGCUCAGCUCUGCAGCUGGAUGGCUGUCAUGUCUUUCGUGUUUUUCUACACAGACUUUGUGGGGGAAGGCCUGUACGACGGCUUGCCCAGUGCAUUACCAGGAAGUUUGUCCAGGCAAAGAUAUGACGAAGGUAUCCGUAUGGGCAGUAUGGGCCUGUUCCUGCAGUGUGCUACCUCAACCUUCUUCUCCCUGGUCAUGAGUCGUCUGAUUCGCCAGUUUGGUUCACGGUGGGUCUACCUGAGCAGCAUGGUGACGUUCACGGUCUCUGCUAUGGUCAUCUGCCUGUCAAAAAGUGUGGUCUUGGUCACUAUAAUGGCAGCCCUCACUGGCUUUGCGUAUGCCACACUGCAGACUCUUCCCUACACACUCACCUGCCACUACCACAAGGAGAAAGAGGUCUAUAUGCCAAAUAAGAAAACCAAAAGCGUGCAUAAAAAUGGUAUUACUACCAAGCGGGACUCUGUGUAUUUGACUCCUGUGGAAGAGGACGGCGGACUGAACCACAAAACAGGGACAGCCUACGAGAAUACCUUCCUCGGCCAGGAUAGUUAUGAGUACUACCCCAGUCCACACAGCCAGAACAGCUCAUCUCACAGCUCUGGUAGCACUGAACAAGACGAGGGCGAUUCUGGGUUUGAGAAACGUGGUAUGGGUUUGGACUUUGCUAUCUUAGACAGCACCUUCCUCCUCUCUCAGGUUUUCCCCACCCUCUUCAUGGGAAUGAUCGUUCAGUUCGCACAGUCUGUCACUGCCUAUAUCGCCUUCUCUGCCAUAUUUGGUGCAGCCGCCAUCUACUUCGCCAGUCAAAUCAUUUUUGACCAAAAGGACCUCAAAAGCUGAGACCUAGUUGCAAAAGAUGUGGGAGUGGUCGAAUCAUAAAUAAUCAGUCAUUCAGGUUCCUUGGGUGGAACUCAACAAUGCACUACUGUUUCCUGAAUGCCUUGCGCUAGUACCAUGUUUGCUCUGUUGGUAAAGUGUGUGUCUGUCAGUGUGUGGCAGGUUAUGAGAGAAAGUGGCUAAUGAAAGAAAAGACAGUUUCCAUGUUAGAGCAGAGGGUUGCCACCUGAAGAGUCAACUGAGUGCUCAUGUCAGGUGUGUUACUCUGCACUGAAUGCAAUCAAAUUCAAUAGACAUCUAUCUUGAAACCUUUUGUUGUGACAUCUUUUCUGUCCAUCGUCUUUUUCCUCAGGUACCACAAACAGAUUUACUGUAGAACUCAUCAACCUCAGAUACACAGGUUACUAAACUUUGUCUGUUUUUUUAUGGUCUCAUCCUCAGCUAGCCACAAUUUUUAAAGUUUGCCAGUCUGUUUUUAACUUGUAAUGGCAUGUCAGACUUGUCUGCAGCAUCACAGUCUGGAGACUGGUCAUCAUCUUAUUGAGACAGGCUUGUCUUUCUUCACAACGGCAGCAUGGAUAGAUUAAUGCUUUGUUUUUACCCGUUCAGAAAAUACAAUUUCAAGUGGGACCAUUGGACUUGUCCAUUCAAGGUGAUAAGAAAACUUUUAAGGGGGUACUCCAGUGAUUUAUGAUUGCCACUCCAUAUAAGUUAGGGACUUGCAAGAGACCAAUUUUUAAGAAAACAAUGGUCAAAGUAUCUCUGUCCUUUAUUCCCUGCAAUUGGUCAAGCUCCAAAAAUGCUCGAUCCUGCAUUUAUCAUGAUUUAACUCUUUAAAAUCUUUCGUCCAUCUCUACCUGUUAAGGGCAAAUAAAUCCAAUGGCAGUGCAGAUUCACAUCUCUGUAGCAUCAACCAAUAGCAAAUAUGUGUGUGGUUUUAAAAAACAGCACGUAACUGCCCACAUUUCGCCUUGUCACUCAUGUGCGACAGUACUCAUGAUAACCCAGAUGACAUCAUCAGGGGUUUUUCUUACAAAGCUCCUUUUAGAGCCACAGAGGACAUUAUUAUUACAGUUUACAUAAACUGACCUUUAUGUGUAAAAUUUGUGGAGUACCCCUUUUAGCUGUACUCUAUGUUGGCUCCAUACCCCACCCCCUUUUCCUUAUCUAGUGUCAGCAGUUAAUUGAUGAACAGUUUUACUGUAAAUAUCUUGUAUACAAAUUUACUGUAUAUCCCUAUGGGAAUUUUGUUAUGCAACCUGUUCAGGUGAGGUUAUCGACUGUGGUGGUUUUUAGAAUUAAGCUGUUUACUGGAACUGGAAAUAUUGCAUCAAACGGCCUCUCAAGAUAAUCAAGAGUAGUCUAGUCUAGUGGACUGCUCAUCACGCCCAACUAUUCUUCUGAACAGGACAGUCGUCUCAGGUUAAUACCUUUUUGUUUUAGAAUCACAUCCUGUCCUUAAUGCCACUAAAAAAACACUUUCCCUGCUGCCAAAACCUCCACGUUUUACUGUAUUCUCAAAUGACAAUCUAGGACAUCUAGUUGGGCUCGUUAUGUAAUGUAAACAUGUAGGGUGAUGGCUGAUGGGAGCCCAUUUCAAAGCACCAUUCCUGAAAGACCAAAAAAAAAAAAAAAA